AUUCAUGAGCCUGCUUCAAUAUGGAUUACACCUCCCGUGGUCCGACCGUAACAACUUGACUGACUUCCCGACUCAACAACAUGGCGGCGGUGUUGCGUUGUCUUAUGGACUGUUGGUUAAAUCUCAUCGGCGAAAUCCACCGCAAGUUUGGAAUUGGCGGCCAUUGUGACCCCUCAGACCCGAACAGCGGGGUGUUCAGGAGGGUGGUCUUCCCAGAAACAGAUCAGGCAGAAUGGCUGAAUAAGAUCAUCCAGCAACUAUGGCCGUUUAUCGGCGACUUCAUGGGCGACAUCUUGAAGCAGCACGUGGAGCCCAAGGUGAAGGAAGCGGUCAUGUCGUCCUUCACCUUCAGCAAGGUCGACAUGGGCACCAAGCCCCUGCGGGUGGAUGGAGUGAGAGUCUACAACAUCAGACAGGGAGAGAUCUACAUGGACCUCGAUAUCAACUAUGAUGGCGACGCUGACAUUGACGUCGGCCUCCUGGUGUCUAACGCCGCAGGUAUCAAACACAUCAAGCUGUCGGGGACGCUGCGCGUGGUGUUGAAGCCCCUCCUCAGUGCUGCACCCCUCGUGGGAGGCGUCUCCUUCUUCUUCAUCACAAACCCGAAUCUGGAUUUCGACCUGACGAACCUGGCCAACAUCAUGGACAUUCCAAUGUUCAAUUCCAAGCUUCACGCCAUCAUCCAGGGCCAGCUGUCCAACCUGCUGGUGUUCCCCAAGAGGAUGGAGUACAUCAUUGGAGAGGGGACUAAGUUCUCCAAGUUACGCUGUCCUCGCCCGCAGGGCGUGCUGGCAAUACACGUGAAGGAGGCCAAGGAACUCCGGGACGCCGAUGGAAUUGGAAUAUCAGAUCCAUAUGCACAGGUCAAAGUUGGCGACCAGACGUUCCUGACAGCGACCCUUGAGAACAAGAAGGACGCCAAGUGGGACCAGAAGUUUGAUGCACUUGUGGACCUGGCGGAGGAAUGUCUGGAAGUGAGGGUGAUGGACCACGACACAGUGGGCAGCGACGACCUCCUUGGAACUGCUACGGUUCAGAUAUCCCGUGUGAUCGAGGCAGGCAAGGUGGAGGAGUGGUUCCCCCUGGAGGGCGUGGAUCAAGGCAGCAUCAACUUGGCGCUCCAAUGGUUCUACCUGGCCAACGACGCAUCGAUGCUGCAGAAGGAGGGGGAAUGUCGGCGGUGCCUCCUGAUGGUGAGUGUGGACUCUGCUAAAGGAUUACUGAAACCUGACCAGAAACCAGAAGAUGUGUCUCCCGUUGUGAGCCUGUCGUUCAUGGAGCAGGAGUUUACGAGCACCGAGGCCGCCGCCGCACCGGAACCCUCGUGGCAGGAGGACUUCCGGUUCCUGGUCACAUGCGCAGGAGAACAGAAGCUGACGCUGAAGGUGAAGGACAGCAAGGAGGACAUAGCCUACGGAACUGCUGAGAUCGACAUCAAGGAUCUGAUUGGUGCUCCUGACAUGGUCCUCGACCAGUCAUAUCCCCUCGUCACAGAGAUAGAGGGAAUCACGCCAGAGCUGAAAAUGAAACUGGUUCUUAGGGUGCUGACACCAGACACAGAUCCAAGAUGGCUGGCAGACAGCUUCCACUGAGUCUUCAGACAUCUUCCACUGAGUCUUCAGACAACUUCCAGUCUACAGUCGAAGUCUGCCCAGUGUAAGGCAUGAGGCGUCACGUGAUGCCCGUGUGACGCAGGAAUAUUCUUCCAUUUCUAGUUUAUGUAAACGAUGCAUGGGUUGGGCCUACGUAGAGGACAGUGUCAAUGAUUGAUCUUUUGUCUGGUUCUCAUGGAAACAGGCGGAAUCUGUCCCGCGUUGGUCUUGUUGGUGGAAGAUAUUGAGAGGACUUCUGGUCCUGAUGGUGAAUCUGUCCGAGAUAAGUGAUUAUUUCAUUUAUAUCAUGGGUCAUUAUUUUAAAGUUCCAAAGUUGUUGUUUUAUAUUAUUUAUAAAUAUUUUGACGAUCUUUCUAUGCUAGAUAUACAUGGUGUUGUGUUUCCUCGUGAUUUGUUUGAACUGAAUGCUUGUUUUACACAGCGCAUAAUUACCACACCUGAUUGUCAAACUGCCAUAAUCAAGAAAGUAUUAUAUUUAUGAAUAUUAUCUAAAUAAACAACGUGGUAUGACAAGAGCAUUUUUGAUCUUCUAGAUGUGUCAAUGUUUUAGAUCACCCACAAUGCUAAAAUAUUGUAAUGAAAGUUAUCAGACAUAUUAUAUAACAAGCUCAUAAACUUUCCUUUGUAUUGCUUUUUGUACUUGUUUUUGUCAAGUAAAGAAAUAUGGCUAAAAUGAGUGAAAAGGUCAUUUUCUUGAAAUUCAUACAAUGAGUCUUGACCAAGAUGACUGUUUUGCAGUGUGUUUGUACUGUUUCUACCUAACUGUAAGCAAUUCAACAUCAAAUAUUAAAAAAUAACUUCCUGGAAACCUUUUUGACACACUUUUGCCGAAACUCUACAUUUAAUGCUAAGUAUUAUAAAGAAAUAAAGUUUGGCAAAUACAUGCGAAGUUUGCUAACUUUUAUGGCCAUGUAUAGGAUGCUGUGUUGCAUAUGGGUGAUGCAGAUGGACCAGAGCGCCAGCAGCUUACCUUGUCCUUUGAACAAAACACUGAUGAUACUCAUAUCAUAUACACCUGCCAUUCUUUGUGGACACAAUGCUGGUUUGUGUGUUAAAUAUUUAUAUGUAACAGUUUACACAAUACUCCAUGCGUGUCAGUAUUUUAGUAUUGUUAUCUUUGUUAAGAAUUUUAAUGUAUUUUAUUCUUCCAUUUUUCUUUCUUUAAGACUGUGUGAAUCUUGCAUGCCGUUGACGUAAUGACGGCGAUAUCUCCAUGGACCCAGCUGUCUAGAGUCAGGGCCUUGUAUACGUGAUACAUUCAUACUAGGAAGAUUGAUGUUAGCUUUACUUACCGAACCAAAUGUACCAAGGGCUUCUUAGUAAACUUAUCAUAGGAUGAUAUUUGAGUUGUGAAAUAUGAGGAUACCAAUCUGUAGGUGUUGUGGGGGUGCGACAGUGAAAAUCUCGGAUAGCUUUUGAUAGUUCAAAACGGUUUAAGAUAUUAUUAACAUGUCGAUGUAAUAACGAUAAAUAGUUUUAAUGCUGCUGAUGAUGAUAAUAAUAUUAUUAAUAGUAAUAAUGGUGAUAAGACCUAUAACAAAUAUAAGAACACUAAUACUUAUAACAGCUAUUACAGCACCAGUAAUAUAUAUAUGGUAGGUUGAUAUAAGGGUUAUCAUGAGGUGGAAAUAUUCACAUAUAUCCAUACGGAUUAUGUUUUUGGCUACCUGUUAGUAUAAAAUCUCGUAGCUGUGCUACUUUGUCGACUCCUGCUGACUUAUAUUUGUUAUGAGACGGCACUCUGUGACUCUCUACGGACAUAUAUUUGUUAUUAGAUGGCACUCUAACUCUCUAUGGACAUAUAUUUGUUAUUAGAUGGCACUCUAACUCUCUACGGACAUAUAUUUGUUAUUAGAUGGCACUCUAACUCUCUACGGACAUAUAUUUGUUAUAAGACGGCACUCUGUGACUCUCUACGAAGAUAUAUUUGUUAUUAGACAGCACUCUGUGACUCUCUACAAAGAUACAUUUGUUAUUAGACAGCACUCUAACUCUCUACGGACAUAUAUUUGUUAUUAGAUGGCACUCUAACUCUCUACGGACAUAUAUUUGUUAUUAGACAGCACUCUGUGACUCUCUACGAAGAUACAUUUGUUAUUAGACAGCACUCUGUGACUCUCUACGGACAUAUAUUUGUUAUGAGACGGCACUCUGUGACUCUCUACGGACAUAUAUUUGUUAUUAGACGGCACUCUGUAACUCUCUACGAACAUAUAUUUGUUAUGAGACGGCGCUCUGUGACUCUCUACAGACAUAUAUUGGUUAUUAGACGGCACUCUGUGACUCUCUACGAAGAUACAUUUGUUAUUAGACGGCGCUCUGUGACUCUCUACGAAGAUACAUUUGUUAUUAGACAGCGCUCUGUGACUCUCUACGGACAUAUAUUUGUUAUGAGACGGCACUCUGUGACUCUCUACGGACAUAUAUUUGUUAUGAGACGGCACUCUGUGACUCUCUACAGACAUAUAUUGGUUAUUAGACGGCACUCUGUGACUCUCUACGAAGAUACAUUUGUUAUUAGACAGCACUCUGUGACUCUCUACGGACAUAUAUUUGUUAUGAGACGGCACUCUGUGACUCUCUACAGACAUAUAUUGGUUAUUAGACGGCACUCUGUGACUCUCUUUACAUACAUAUAUUUGUUAUUAGACGGCACUCUGUGACUCUCUUUACGGACAUACAUUUGUUAUGAGACGGCACUCUGUGACUCUCUUUACAUACAUAUAUUUGUUAUGAGACGGCACAGGCCUGCUGUGUUGUUGAAGCAUUACUGGCUGACGUGCAAUGCUCUGAUUGUAAUUUGUGAUGUCUUACACAGAUUACCGUCUUGUGGUGGAGAUUUCCCAUACCUCGUGGUAGCCUAGGAGACGCCCCGGGGCCGGGUUAGAGUGGGUCCCCCGCGCAGUGCUGCUGGGAGUAAGCGGUGACUAACACGGGUUGGGUGCUCAGAUUCGAUAACUGGGCAGUUUGCGUGGAAUAUUGCCGACAGCCGAAUGCUUUUCCCACUCUGCUGUUUCCACGACUGUUCUCGUUGCGUGCCUUGUGACACUGUCACUCAUUAUCGUGAUGGCUGAUUGCGAACAUUGAUAUUUUAUUUUAUAUUUUAAACAGCAAUACUUUUAUCAGAAUAUGAGAGAUUGUGGUUUUACUUUUAUCUGUUUUCUUGUGUUGAAGAAAAUAAAAUUGUACUUCAU